UGUUCCGGGUAAUUUAAAUUUCACUUUUCGAUCAGAAUUCUGACCAAAUAUCUUCCAACAGCGUUUCAAUCAAAGAAAGGAUGAAAUCAAACGGAAGGAAGUAGCGGUGACUGCAUUAUAUUGAUAACCCAAGCUUGUGGUGUAGAUUUGUAAGCCAUGUUCAGUUGUGGCAAGCGAGGGAGAUUAGUUCGCCGCAGCGUUUUGUAAAACUUGUUAAUACCUGUGGACAAGAUAAAAGACCGCCAAAGAUGCUGUGAUUUCCGCUAUUCAAAACAAUCGGUUUGUAUAGAGCAGUGAAUUAAUGAAACGUCCCCAUUCCGUGCAGAAAAACAAACCCGCAGGAAACAUACACACCAUAUCACCUGCACAAAUAAUCUUGAAAAUAUUCUUCCAUGUCAUAAUAUUUACAAACGGCUUCGUUACGACAUUUGCGAAGAACGAUUUUUGAACAUAUUUUAAAAAAACGACAAGCCAACAAAAAUUUGCAUUUGCGGACAUGGGUAAGGUAGGAGCGUCGUUCACGUUUUUUAAUAGUAUAUUUUCGUUUGGCUAAGAAAGUUAACAUGUGUUUAGUUAAACCCUUUAAUAAUGUUUGGGACAUCGCUGAGAAGAUCUGUAAAAAGUGAAAAACCCACUGAAGCCACCGUUCUGAAGAGAACACAACAUGAUAUCUUAUAUGGCUUUUUUUCUUUGUUUUUCUCUUGUACAGGCUUUGGAGAAAUUUGUCUGGGCUGCUCGAGUAGUUCAUGUUCUUGUUUCGUCCUGUAUGAGAUGGAGAAGAUACAAGAGGCCUGAUAGCAGCACUAAAAGCAGCCGAGCUUCAGCCCAGUCAGGUACAGGAAAAGGCAGUCAAAAGAAUUCAGGAAUUGGUUUCGAUUCACGAUCAUUCAAAGGAAAAAGCAAGAUCUCAGAUGAGCUUCGUCAGAUUCUGACAUCGAUACCCAAAGUACGAACAAAUGAAGGGCUUAAAAAAAUCCAGAGACUUUGUCGUAGUACGCGUGCGUUCAUGAUAUUUCCGCUGGAAAGAGAAGCUGACCUGUCGCGUCUUGUAGGUUAUGAGAGAUACGACAACGGCCGAGUACUUGCUUGUCAAGGGAGGGUACCAGAGAGGUUUUACUACGUGUUAUCCGGAAGAGUGAGUAAAGUAUGUGUGUAUGACUUGGCUGCUGGCGUCGCAAAGAUGUCUUUUGGAGAACUCAUGCAGGGAAACACAACUGAUCCCGUGGAAUUAAUGAAUGGGACAGAAAGAGAACACUCUCUGAUAUGUAAAGGACCUGUUGAAGUGCUCGUGCUUGAUAAAGAGGAUUUCAUGGAGUUGAUGAACACAAGUCCAGACGGUGGUUUACCGAUUGAAACAUUGAGGUCAAUUGAACUUUUUCGAAACUUCCCACUGGAAAAGUUUUUCGAGGAAAAAGAUGCCAUUGUGACCAAAUACUUCGCGAAGGAUGCAGUGAUCGUAAGGGACAGCAAUGAUACUCCAUUCUUCUAUAUCGUAAAAUCGGGGAGGUGUAAGGUUGUAAGAAAACAGGAUGUUCUGGAUAUGAGUAAGACGACAAAACUUCCCAGCAUUGCUACAACACCGAGAACACGUUCACGUUCGACUCCAGGCAAAAACCCUGCUAGCCUACUGGAGCUUACUGAAUGUUACUCUCAAAAAAAUACACCACGAUUUGAUAAAAUGCGGAGAAAAUCGGUCAAUUCAUUGCACCCGAACGUAAAACUUACAGAGGAUUCAGGAAUUAUGUUUGGUGAGAAGAGGGACCAUGAACCUAGCAGAUCACAUGACCUUGAGAAAGACCCAGUUUUUGAUCACUCUGUCAUGACAUGCCCACGGAAGUUAAUGACUGCUGAACAAAAAGUGAGCAAAAGACUGUCUGAGCUGUCAGUUAGCAUUCCCACGCGAACAGCACUUCUACAAAUCGCUGUACUCAAACCAGGAAAUAUGUUUGGCCUAGAAUCCAUGAUGCCAAAGGUUGCGAACAAGAUAAGUUCAGAGGCUGAUGCGGUUGAAGAAAAUCAGGAUCCCUCAACGAAAAGUCUUAUUUUGAUCAGUGAAGGCGCCGAGUGCAUCAUGAUAAACAAAAGGUUCUUCUUAAUGAACGCUAGCAUCACUACACUUGUACAACUAAAAGCUUUGCGCGAAGAUUACAUGACUGUGCCUGACGCACGUCACCGGAUUCAGUGUUUAGAGAGCUGGGAUUUGUAUAAAGGAGAACUUGUUAAAUCUCUGACCACAAGAGCUGCUAAACAUUCACGAAGAUAGCAGUGCCUGAAAGUACGCGGACUCUUCAAGCUGUUCCCAUGACGUAUUACAGCACCCUGCACUUCUGCUGGCUUGGACGACUGGCGUAUCAUCUUGAUAUUUGUCCGCUGCGCUUCUUUGACAUCGCGGUUAUGUAAUAUGUGAGCUUCAAUGAGUGGUUAUCCACUUCAAAAACGCUAUGAGGAAUGUUAAUGGUGGAAAAACCUGCUGAGCGAGUAGGGGUUGCGCAGCUAGCGUCACAAAAGUAGGCAAAAGCCUUAACCAAAUCUUGGUCAUGAGAGAAAACAGGCGGAAUAUUUUCAUCAUGUAAAAAAGUGUUAAGUGUUAUCGGAAACAAGGAAGAUAUUUGGACAGACGAAAAGUGAAAAUGAAUUAACGUGUGUCGUGUGAAUUUGUGCGUAAAAUACCACAGGUAUUUAUGAUAUUUAUUUAAUAGAUCCGCGCAAUAUUCUUCGUGUCCAUAAACUUUGAUAGUUUCGUGCAAUAGCUAAUAAUUUAAACAAAAGAAAAAUAGAUAAUUUCUCCCACGAGAACUGAACAUACAAACAAAUAUACAAAACAAUAAAAACUUCAGUCAGCU